AUGGUUGAGAUCACCGACGGCCGCCGGCCCAUUUUGCUGCAGUUUGACGCCAACAGCGUCGUUCACCCGCUCUGGGUGCUCAUCGAGACGGCGCUGAGCCUUGGCAUCCGAGACGCCGACAUCUGGUACUUUUCGCUCGCGGCGCCCGACGUCGUGCCUGCUUGUCUCCGCGCGCUCAAGGACGCGUGCGUGCACGGUGGCUGGCUCAUUCUCCAGGAUGUCGCGAAGCUCUCGGCCAGCGAUCUCAUGGACCUCAACCGCCAGUUUUCGCUGCUGUCAAACGGCGAUCUCUCGAUCCACAGCGACUUUCGCCUCUGGUUGGUCGACGAGGCGCCGUCGUCGCUCCUCGCGCGGCUUCCGAGCGCCAAGCUGCACACGUUCUUCUUCAACAUUGUGUUUACGCUCCAGAACCCGCUCGAGGCGAGUGUGUCGCCGACGCGUCACGCGCUCCACCUCUUCCACGGGAUAGCCCUCUCGGGCGCGCAUGGCAUCCACGUCGCAUCGCCGUUCCACGCGCCUGUGACGCUCUAUGAGCUCGAGAAGGCAGAGUUUCUGCUCGAGUGCCUCGGCGACACGCACGGGCUCUCGAGCGACGAGCUCGCAUCGCUGAUCGCGCCGCUGUAUCACGGCAAGAGCUCGGAUCGUAGUGUUCAAAAACAGUGGAGUGCCCUCGCCCGGUACAUCUUUCAACUCGGGACGGCACGCGAUGCGGGGGAGCAAAGCCAUUGGCUCAGUCGGCUUCAGCGCGGCCUGCGCCACCACGCAACCACGCGUGGCACCAAGGACGGCACGCGCCGAUCCUGCGACGUGCUCUUACCGGUCGACACCAAGAUCUCAGCGGCCACCAUGGGGCUCCCUUACUCGCUCGACGCCUAUUUCGAGACGCAGACGAUGCUGGCUGUUGCCUCGACGCUCACGCAGUCGCACGGA